GGCCCUACUUAACGCGGCCCGCGUGCCCUGCAGCGCGCGGAGCCAGGAGCCCGAACGAAGGAGAGGAUGAUGAUGGUGAUGCAGCCCGAGGGUCUGGGGGCCCGGGAGGGGCCCUUCGCGGGCGGCGGCGGGGGCGGCGAGUACAUGGAACAGGAGGAGGACUGGGACCGCGACCUGCUGCUGGACCCGGCCUGGGAGAAGCAGCAGCGGAAAACCUUCACCGCCUGGUGCAACUCACACCUGCGCAAGGCGGGCACCCAGAUUGAGAACAUCGAGGAGGACUUCCGCAACGGCCUCAAGCUCAUGCUGCUGCUGGAGGUCAUUUCAGGAGAGAGGCUGCCCAGGCCAGACAAAGGCAAGAUGCGCUUCCACAAGAUCGCCAACGUCAACAAGGCCCUGGACUUCAUCGCCAGCAAAGGGGUUAAGCUGGUGUCCAUUGGGGCUGAAGAGAUCGUGGACGGGAACCUGAAGAUGACCCUGGGCAUGAUCUGGACCAUCAUCCUGCGCUUCGCCAUCCAGGACAUCUCGGUGGAGGAAACCUCGGCCAAGGAAGGCUUGCUGCUGUGGUGCCAGCGCAAGACGGCGCCGUACCGCAACGUCAACGUGCAGAACUUCCACACCAGCUGGAAGGAUGGCUUGGCCCUCUGUGCCCUCAUCCACCGACACCGCCCCGACCUCAUCGACUACGCCAAGCUGCGCAAGGAUGACCCCAUCGGCAACCUGAACACUGCCUUCGAGGUGGCGGAGAAAUACCUGGACAUCCCCAAGAUGCUGGAUGCGGAAGACAUCGUGAACACCCCAAAGCCAGAUGAGAAGGCCAUCAUGACCUACGUGUCCUGCUUUUACCACGCCUUCGCCGGGGCCGAGCAGGCGGAGACAGCUGCCAACAGGAUCUGCAAGGUGCUGGCUGUGAACCAGGAAAACGAGAAGCUGAUGGAGGAGUAUGAGAAGCUGGCCAGCGAGCUGCUGGAGUGGAUCCGCCGCACGGUCCCGUGGCUGGAGAACCGAGUGGGCGAGCCCAGCAUGAGCGCCAUGCAGCGCAAGCUGGAGGACUUCCGGGACUACCGGCGCCUGCACAAGCCGCCCCGCGUGCAGGAGAAGUGCCAGCUGGAGAUCAACUUCAACACGCUGCAGACCAAGCUGCGCCUCAGCCACCGGCCCGCCUUCAUGCCCUCCGAGGGCAAGCUGGUGUCGGACAUCGCCAACGCGUGGCGGGGGCUGGAGCAGGUGGAGAAGGGCUACGAGGACUGGCUGCUCUCGGAGAUCCGGCGCCUGCAGAGGCUGCAGCACCUGGCCGAGAAGUUCCAGCAGAAGGCCUCCCUGCACGAGACCUGGACCCGGGGCAAGGAGGACAUGCUGACCCAGCGCGACUACGAGUCGGCUUCGCUGCAGGAGGUGCGGGCGCUGCUGCGGCGCCACGAGGCCUUUGAGAGUGACCUGGCCGCGCACCAGGACCGCGUGGAGCACAUCGCCGCGCUGGCCCAGGAGCUCAAUGAACUGGACUAUCACGAGGCGGCCUCGGUGAACAGCCGCUGCCAGGCCAUCUGUGACCAGUGGGACAACUUGGGCACGCUGACCCAGAAGAGGCGGGAUGCACUGGAGCGGAUGGAGAAGCUCCUGGAGACCAUCGACCAGCUGCAGCUGGAGUUCGCCCGGCGGGCAGCGCCCUUCAACAACUGGCUGGACGGCGCCAUAGAGGACCUGCAGGACGUGUGGCUGGUGCACUCGGUGGAGGAGACCCAGAGCCUACUGACCGCGCACGAUCAGUUCAAAGCCACGUUGCCGGAGGCCGACCGGGAGCGAGGCGCCAUCCUGGGCAUCCAGGGCGAGAUCCAGAAGAUCUGCCAGACGUACGGGCUACGGCCCAGCUCCACCAACCCCUACAUCAACCUCAGCCCGCAGGACAUCAACACCAAGUGGGACACGGUGCGGAAGCUGGUGCCCAGCCGUGACCAGACGCUGCAGGAGGAGCUGGCCCGGCAGCAGAUGAACGAGAGGCUGCGGCGACAGUUUGCAGCCCAGGCCAACGCCGUGGGGCCCUGGAUCCAGGCGAAGGUGGAGGAGGUGGGGCGGCUGGCGGCCGGGCUGGCCGGCUCCCUGGAGGAGCAGAUGGCUGGGCUGCGGCAGCAGGAGCAGAAUAUCAUCAACUACAAGAGCAACAUCGACCGGCUGGAGGGUGACCACCAGCUGCUGCAGGAGAGCCUGGUGUUUGACAACAAGCACACGGUCUACAGCAUGGAGCACAUCCGCGUGGGCUGGGAGCAGCUGCUCACCUCCAUCGCCCGCACCAUCAACGAGGUGGAGAACCAGGUGCUGACCCGGGACGCCAAGGGCCUGAGCCAGGAGCAGCUCAACGAGUUCCGGGCAUCCUUCAACCACUUCGACCGGGUCAGCAGGGGCCCAGCCGCGCGGGUGAGCGACGCGGGGGCCGGGAGGUUUCGGGGACCCUGCCUGACACCCACUCGCCUCCAACAGAAGCGGAACGGGAUGAUGGAGCCCGAUGACUUCCGCGCGUGCCUCAUCUCCAUGGGCUACGACCUGGGAGAAGUGGAGUUUGCACGCAUCAUGACCAUGGUGGACCCCAAUGCAGCCGGGGUCGUGACCUUCCAGGCCUUCAUCGACUUCAUGACCCGGGAGACGGCCGAGACCGACACGGCCGAGCAAGUGGUGGCCUCCUUCAAGAUCCUGGCAGGAGACAAGAACUACAUCACCCCCGAGGAGCUGCGGCGGGAGCUGCCGGCCGAGCAGGCUGAAUACUGCAUCCACCGCAUGGCGCCCUACAAGGGCGCCGGCGCUCCAGCCGGAGCCCUGGACUACGUGGCCUUCUCCAGCGCCCUCUACGGAGAGAGUGACCUCUGAUCUCCGACCCCUGGGGCUCUUGACUCCAGACAGAAAGAACGCUUCCUGUGGCCGAUCCCACCCAUCCCCGGGAGCGAGGACCCCAGAGAAGGGCCAGCCGCGUGGCUCUGAAUAAAGAUCCAUCUGGGGCCUC